AUGAAUUUCGAUCCAAAUAAAAUAUUUGAAAUAGAAAAAAAACUUGAAGAUGAUGGUUAUGUUCGUAUUCAAUUUACAAGUGAACAUUUGACAAAUGAUCAUCAUAUUAUGAUAAAUAUGGAAAAAUUUUUCAUUGAAUUUAUUGAAAAACUUGGUGGUCAAUGUUUAGAGCAUAAUGAAGAAAAAGAUUCUAUUGUUUGGCAUGUUCAACCAAUACAAAUAUCUUCUGAUGAAAAACAAAAAAAACUAGCAUGA